UUUGGCCGAGGCGGAGUCGGAGUCGGAGACGGCCGGCCGGGAUACAGCUAACGCGCACGCCAAAUCCUUUAUAAGCGCGCACGCAGUGCCUCCAUUAGAGCCAAACGAACACAUCGAUCUCUCUUCGAUCGUCUUCGAUAAGUCUUGCUGUUGCCAACCCACGAACCUCAACUCUUCUUGCGACUGUGCGCGAGGGAUCCCUGCUAGCUCGAUGGCGAAGCGGAAGUCGGCGAACUCGAAGAUGGCGUCGCGGAAGAAGCCGGCGGUGAAGCUGGACAAGAUUUUCUGCUGCCCCUUUUGCAACCACGCCGGGAGCGUCGACUGCGAGAUCGACCGCAAGGAAUGGUUCGCCGUGGUCAAGUGCUUCGUGUGCCAGGAGAGCUACUCCACGAAGGCGCACGCCCUCACCGAGCCCAUCGACGUCUACAGCGAGUGGAUCGACGAGUGCGAGAAGGCCAACCAAGGCGUCGACGUCCGCCGCCGCCGCCGGGACUCCUACGUGUCAAGACGACGACGUACGUGUGAAGGAUAG